UAAUUGUUGCCAAUAAUUAUGAGAAAAAAUAUGAAUACUCAUAUCAAUGGAACAAAUAUCAUUUUGGUACCGUAUCAAGAAAAGCAUGUUAUAAAAUAUCAUGAAUGGAUGAAAAAUCCUAUUCUGCAGUACUUGACGAGUUCCGAGCCGUUGACGCUGGAGGAGGAAUUCAAGAUGCAGAAACGUUGGUUGGAGGACGAGGAUAAAUGCACUUUUAUCAUAUUGGACAAACAUGUCUACCUGACAACCAAAAAUGAAAUAGAUGCUAUGGUGGGAGAUACAAAUUUAUUUCUGCACGACUCACAGGGACUGUGCGUCGCUGAAAUAGAAAUUAUGAUAGCUGAGGAAGCUAAUCGAGGCAAAAGAAGAGGCUGGGAAUCUAUUAUAUUAAUGUUACUCUAUGGCGCUGAGACGCUAAACAUUAACAAAUUCUGCGCCAAAAUCAAAUUAGACAAUGCAGUGAGCAUAAGAAUGUUUGAGAAACUUGGUUUCCGAGAGAAAAGACCCUUGUUGUUUAAUUCAAUGGUGUAUGGUUUCUUCUAUACGAGCGCCGAGUUUAUCCGACAGAGUUUUACUAAGAUGUCAAAGCCGAUACAGCUUAUUACCGUAGACCCUGAAAAUUCUUCUAACAUCAAAGGACCGGUAUUAAUCCAAAUACAAAAACUUUGCGAGAUGUUGGAUCUCGUAGAUAAAAAUUCUAAUUCUGCAACUUACAACUGGCCGCAAUUGAAAAGAUACGCGAUCUUUGGUUGCCUCUUAGCUGGACCAAUACUACAUGGAUGGUACAAAUGGCUGGAUACGUUUUAUAGUGGAAAAUCCACCAAGAUCGUAUUAAAGAAACUUUUUGUAGACCAAUUUAUCUUAACACCGCCAUUAAUUAUCUUGUUCUUUAUCAGUAUGAGUUUAAUGGAAGCUAAAUCAGAUCUCCUUCAAGAAUGCAAAAUUAAAUUCGUACACACUUUCCAGACUUCAUGCGGAUAUUGGUUGCCAGUGCAAUUUGUGAACUUUUUAUUAAUUCCGCCAUCUUUUCGAGUGACAUAUGUCAGUAUUGCUGCUUUCUGUUGGGUCAAUAUUCUAUGUUAUUUAAAAAAUUUACCUGUUUCUGAACACAAGCAGAAAAUAAAGUACUGAAAUCUUUCACACAAAUACAUACCCAUGCAUGUACCUGAAUGAUCAAUUAUUAUUAAGAUAUUCAUUAACGAACAAUGUCCCCUUUUUUACUCUAUAAUCUA